AUGUUCCCGCUCCAGCGGGACGUGAACCUGACCGACGUCUGGUGCGGCCCCCGGGAGGAGGCCCGGGCGACGUGGCUCGACUGGGACGACGGCGGCGGCACCGUGGAGACGCGCAUGAGCUCGACGGCGGGCCUCGACGCCCACAGCGCGCUCAUCCGCGACUUCCGGCGCUUCGAGAGCGGCGGCCUCUUCACGACGCUGGGCCAGGAGAAGGAGGCGGCGCGGCGCGCGGCGCGGGCCUUCGCCAUGACGCCCGUGAGCGGGCUGAAGCAGCUCGACCGCGAGUUCGUCGUCGUGCCGAAGAACGAGCUCCGCGAGCUCGCGAGCCUCGAGGGGAAUUUGCGCGCGGAGCGGCGGCGCUUCGUCGACGACUGCGAGGACGUCAUCGCGCGGGCGCGCAUGAUCGGCGCGGAGCGCUACCCGUUGAACGAGCCCAGCGCCGUCGCGACCUUCGUGCUCGUCGCCGCGUGCGACGAGGAGAUCCGGAGGUGCGCGGCCACGGUGCGCGCGAUGGAGCUCGCGCGGGAGUCCGACGCCAUGAAGGAGCGCGCCGUGCGGCCCUGGCGCCGGGGCGUGAGCCGGAGCGGCGUGUCGCGGAAGCUCGCCUCCCUCGACCGGCCCGAGGGCCUGAGCGGGCGGCUGCGGCCGGAGACGGAUCUCCACACCGCGCGCCUCGCGGUCGUCACGGGCUCCUGGCGCGCCUACCGCGAGCGGCAGCGCUGGCACGCGCGCAUGGCCGAGACGGAGCUCAUGGCCUUCGAGGACGGCUACUGCCGCUGCGCGUGGCGCGCGCGCGCCGCGCGCGACGCGCGGCUCGACUACGAGCGCUACGUGGCCCUCGUGGCCCAGUACGGCGUGCCCUUCGGCGAGGACGAGUUCGGCGCGCUCGGCGCCCGCGCCGGUUUGACGUUCCAGGCUUUGGUGGACCGGGGCGCGCGCGCGUGGCAGCGCAUGUGGUGGUUCUACGCGCCGACGUACCGGCUCCGGCGGGACCGCGGCGCGACGCUGUUCCAGACGCGGUACCGCGCCUACUUCGUGCGCAAGCGCUGGGUGCCCAUCCUGCAUCUCCGUUUGGCCUGCGGCAAGAUGCGGCCCAUGAAGAUCGCGCUGAGCCACUGGCGGAAGUGCAUCCUGCGGACCGUCAAGACGCGGAAGCUCAUCAACCGCGUCAAGUACGGCGGCGUGCGGCGCAUCAUCCAGGCCUGGCGCAAGCUCGUCGGCGAGGAGCACGCGGACGACGCCGUCGACCGGGUCAUCGCGAUGUUCGCGGACGAGCUCGUCGCCGAGGACGUCGGCAUCUGCUCGCACGAGUACUCGCAGAACACGGGCGCGCGCGUCGACAACUUCGCCGCGCGGGGCGUGCUGGCCCUCGUCGACGGCGUCGUCGCCUGGCAGGUCGAGGAGCUCGUCACGACGUUCUGCGCGGACCCGCCCUCGUGGAUGGACGCGAACUGGUACCUCCAGAAGACGUCCUACGAGUCGCACGUGCGCCUCGCCGCCCAGGGCGUGCUGCCCCGGGACCUCUUCGAGGACUCGCACCGGGAGCAGAUGCACAACCGGACCGCGACGAAGAUCCAGCGCCUCGCGCGCGGCGUCUUCGGCCGCAACGCGGUCCGCGAGAAGUUCGCGCGCGUCAUCCGGAAGCGCUACGACCCGAAGACGCAGCUCUUCUUCUACCUCAACAUCGUCACCAAGGCGCGCAUGGAAGACCGGCCGCGCCUCCAACGCGCGGGGCUGCCCCCGUCCGUCGUCGUCGGCGCCAUGUACGGCUUCAGCGGCGGCGCGCUGCUCAAGGAUGUGGAGAAGGCGCGGCAGGAGAUGGACCAGGUCAACGCGCAGCUCGGCGCGACGCGGCGCCAGGCCAUGGCGCGCGCCGCGCGGCAGCGCGAGAAGGCGGAGCUGCGGAGCGCCCUCGCGGGGAAGAAGCGCCUGCUGAGCGCGGCGGCCAAGGGCAGCGUGCUGCGGCUGAACAGGGGCCACGGCGAGGACAGCGCGCGCGCCGCCGACGAGGCGCUCAUCACCGCCACGUUCCGGAAGUUCGACGUCGACGGCUCCGGGAGCAUCGACGUCGCGGAGCUCGGCGACGCGCUCCAGAUGGUGCUGGGCAAGCGGCCGAACCGGGAGACGGUGAAGCAGCUCUUCGCCAUCGCCGACACGGACGGCAACGGGACCCUCGACUUCGAGGAGUUCUCCCAGCUCGCGAGAAAAGGCGAGCUCGUGAACCGGAAGCUCCUCAACCCGAAGUACCGCUUCCUCAUGCAGGCGCGCCACGAGCGCGCCGCGGAGCGCGACGCCCAGGCCGCGGCGCUGGCGGCGAAGAAGGCGCAGAUCGAGGAGGCGGGGCGCCGGAUCGACGAGACGCGCGCGGAGUGGGAGCUCGUCUGCGCGGCGCGGCGCCGGGAGAACGCCGCGGAGCACCGGCGGGCCAUGGCGGCCAAGGCCGCCUGGCUCGCGGAGCGGGACCGGUCGGGCCUGCACCGCCAGGCCAUGGCCGCGAAGCGGCGCGCGGCGAACCUGCGGACCUACCGGAAGAACGCGACGAACGGCUCGGACGCCGUCCGCGCGAAGCGCGCGCUGGCUUUACAGGGCACGCUCUACGACGUCUGCCGCACGACCAUGCACCUCGUGGGCGAGGACGACCACCGGAAGCGCGUGACGACGAAGCUCGGCCUCGACCAGCAGCGCUACUACGUGGGCUCGCGCCAGGACGAGGAGACGCUGCGCAAGUCGGAGUCCUGGCGCCAGCCCCACGCGGCGGCCUACUUCGGCGAGUCGCUCGUCGGCGAGUCGUCGAUCUUCGGCGCGUCCGCGGACGUGCUCACGGCCGCGGGGCCCGCGCCGUCCGCCGAGGCCGCGCCGUCCCGGGACGGCGACGCGCUCGCGCUGCCGGCGCCGCCGCGGUCGCCGCUCGGGUCGCCCGGGGGCUUCGACCCGGCCGCGUCCGUCUCCUUCCACCCGUCGGUCCAGUUCAACGACCUCGCCGCGUCGUCCGUGCUCUCGCCGAACCCGCUCUUCGACCCCCUCGCGUCGGCGAGCGUGCUGUCGCCCAUGCCACGUUGGCGCCACUCCACCUCGAGCGACGCCGUCGGCCACGACCGCGGCCUCGCGCCGCAGCGAACGAUGCGACAUCCGAACAUGGCCGCCGGCCGCGGCCUCUACGCCUUCGAGGAGGGCGCGUCCUACGGCGUCGACGAGCCGUCGCUCCCGGACCUGGGCGAGCUCUGGGAGAAGGGCCUGGACUGGCAGCGGCUCGGCCCGCUGCUUCGGCGCGCGGCGCGCGUGGACCAGAUGGACUUCGAGGCGGCGCUCGACGAGAUGCUGAGCCUCUGCUUCUGCGACCCGCAGCGCGUCUUCAAGCAGGCCUACUACCGGAAGCAGACGAAGAACGCGUGGGCGCGCGACGACCCGGCGUUCGCGCUGCUCCAGUGCGGCUUCCUGGCCGUGGCGGCCGUGGCCACGGGCUGCGCCGUGUCGGCGGCGCGCGCGGGGACCUACUGCUACCUCGUGGCCGCGGCGGCGGGCGGCCACUGGCUCGCGGGCGGGCUGCUGGCGGCGACGGCGCACGCCGUCGUCGCGAACGCCUUCCUCCAGGACCGGUCCCGCGGCAGCCACAGCGUCGCCCAGUCCGUCGAAUGGCUCUACGCCUUCGACGUCCACUGCGACGCCUUCUUCGUCUACUUCCUCGUCGCCUACGUGGGCCACUACCUCGUGCUGCCGCUCGCCCUGGGCCACAGCUACGCGGCGAUGCUCCUCGCGAACGCGCUCCACCUCGCGGCGACGGGCGCCUACUGGUACGUGACCCACCUGGGGUUCCGGGCGCUGCCCUUCCUCCGGCGCACGGAGGUCUUCCUCUACCCCGUCCUCGCGGCGGCCGCCGCGUUCCUCGCCGCGCUCGUGCUCGGCGUCUUCGGCGCCAAGCUCAACGCGUCGCGCGUCCUCCUCGCCGCCGUCCUCAGCCCGCUCUCGACUUUCGCCGAGAGCAUGGGCGACCCGUCCUACGUCUAUCCGGCGCCGGACAUGCCCCCCUACGACCGCGGGCCGGCCGUCGUCACGGACGAGAACCAGAGCCAGUCGCUCCAGAGCGACCACAGCCGCGGGUCGUUCGGUCCGCAACGGUCCGGGAAAGUCAAGGAGCAGCGGCUCAAGUCGCGCCUGGGCGGCGACAUCGCCGUCUUCAUCGAGAUGGACGACGGCGGCGGCGACGUCUUCCUGAGCGGCCGCGUGUCGCCGCGGCUGCCGGCUUCCGGCGCGCGCGUGACGUUCCGCCUGAGCCUCACGGCGGAGCGGCGCUGGGUCGCGAAGAACGGCGAGUGGCUCUACGAGGGCUUCCUCGCCCAGGCGGCGCGGCCCGUGCCCCGGCGGCCCGGCGCCCGCGUCGAGGGCGUCGUGUCCACGCGGAAGCCGUCGAGCGCGUGCUGCUGGAUCACGAUCGGCGACCUGGACGGCGGCGUCUACUGCCUGAGCAAGUGGUGCCCCGGCGCCGCGAGCCCGCCCCUGGGCGCCAUCGUGUCCUGCGAGCUCAAGCAGGGCAAGUACGGCGACUGGCGCGUCGCGAGCCCGCCGGGCCUCGCCGUCGUCACGCAGGAGGCGCGGUUCCUCGAGACGGGCCGCCUCUUCGACGACGCGCCGCCGUCGCCGCGGAGCGGCGCGGACCUCUGGCACGCGGCCCCGGCCUACUACCCGCCGGCCCGGGCCGACCCGCGCGCGGCGACGAACCGGACGCCGCCGUCGCCGGUCCGGUCGCUCGCGGCGGGCCUGAGCUCGCUCCUCGGCCGCGUGUCGCUCGGCGACCCGAACAAGCCGCCGCCGCCGGACCGCCGCGAGGCGCCGCGCGGGCCGAGGGCCGAGGGCGAGGCCUCCUACCCGCCGCGCAUCGCCGCGCCGCCGCGCAUCAUCGACGACCGGCGCGACUGGGGCGGCCCGCCGCCGCCGCGGCCGCCGCGCGUCCUGGGCAUGGCGCUGCCCACGUGGGGCGCGCCGCCGGCGCCCGCGCCCGCGCCGCGCUGGGACCCGCGCUACGACCCGGCCCUGCCGCCGGCCAUGCUCCCGCCGCUGUCCGCGCCGCCGGGCGCGAUGUCCCCGCCGUCGGGUUUCCACCGCGGGAGCGCGCCGCGGCCCCGCGGCGGCGGCGACGACUACCCGCGCGGCGGCGACGACGACUACCCGCGGCGCUCCUAG